GGAGAUGCCGCAUGAACUCAUUUUGAAUGAGAACGCACUUUGGGAUAACAGUUCCAACAGGGCACAUUCUUUUCUCCUCUUUCCACUCGUUUUCAGGGCCACCUGGAAACUUUGGCUCGGGGCUGGGGGGCGGUGAGGAGCGGUCUCCGAUUCCCAGUCUCUUUCUGUGCACAGCUGCGGAGUUCAGCGAAUUGAACCGCAGUGCUGUUCACUCUGCCACGAACAACCUCUGUUGUAAAUCUUCCUCCCAGAACACGUGACGAUGCAUUUCUUGACUAUAUAUCCCAAGGACAGCAGCAGAGUUGUCAGAGCACGGAGCCCCGCAGAGAGGAAGGACGCUCUUGGACUUGGCCACUUAACAACUCAGGACUUUAGAAGAACUUGCCAGCCUUGGGUAAACCCUGGCCGUGUGUGUGGCGCCUCAAUGCUGAAGAUGGAGCCUCUGAACAGCACGCACCCCAGCACCGAAGCCCCCAGCAGCCACCUGGUGUCCCACGUGCCCGGCAGUGAGAGCGGCAACGGCAAUGAAUACUUCUACGUUCUGGUUGUCAUGUCCUUCUACGGCAUUUUCUUGAUUGGAAUAAUGCUGGGCUAUAUGAAAUCUAAGAGGCGGGAGAAGAAGUCCAGCCUCCUGCUGCUGUACAAAGAUGAGGAGAGGCUCUGGGGGGAGGCCAUGAAGCCACUGCCCGUGGUGUCGGGCCUGAGGUCGGUGCAGGUGCCCAUGAUGCUGAACAUGCUGCAGGAGAGCGUGGCGCCCGCCCUGUCCUGCACCCUCUGCUCCAUGGAAGGAGACAGCGUGAGCUCUGAGUCCUCCUCCCCAGACGUGCACCUCACCAUCCAGGAGGAGGGGGCGGAUGAUGAGCUGGGGGAGACUUCAGAGACACUCCUCAACGAAAGCAGUGAGGGGUCCUCUGAGAACAUCCAUCAGAAUUCCUAGCACCCCCAGGGCCCCGGGAGGCGGCCCCGUCAGCCAGCACCUUUAGAGAG